UUUAACGCGCCGGAGCGCGACGACGCAGCGGAGACGCGCGCGAUCCGCCGGCCGCGGAACGAUCCGUCGAAUGCGAAACGAUCCGCCGCGACGGUCCACACCGCCGCGCGCUGCAGCAGUAAAAACGCCGACGGCGACGCGAUAACGCGACGUAUCAUUAUCGUUACUGCUGUCGUUAUUGUUCUUUAGCACCGAUCGAUAAAAAAAAAUUAUAACAUAAACCGUAACCGUCGCGGACACGCCGGAACAGGGGAACACCUACGACCGAGGACCGCACGCCAUGGCCCGACAUGGGUGACCUGGCCGACACCAUCGACGAUCUCAUAUGCAGUUUCGAAAGCGAUGGUAGCAAGACGAUGGACACGCUGAUCAUGUACCUGUUCUGCUGGGCGCUGGUCGGGUUCGCCGCGCUGGCCGUCGGCAAGUUCGCCUACGGCCGGGCCGCCCGGUACGCCGGCCGCAAGUCGGCCGCGGCGUCCGGCCCGGAAGCGGACGCGGCCGGCGCCGCCGCGGGCGACCGCAGGCCGGCCCAGCUGAACCACCACCGGGCGGCCGUGCCGCCAACGCCGCCGGUGGCCCGCAAGCGGCUGGGCUCCAAGACGGGCCGCACGUCCGCGGCCGUGGCCGGCGUCGCGGCCGGCCUGUCCGCCGUGCCGGCCGCCGCGGCCGCCAGCAAGGCGUUCUCCGCGGAACAGCAGCAGGCGGCCCACCACCUGCACCACCACCACCCGCAGCACCAGCGCCGGCCGCCGCCCGCGGCCACCGGCAACGACCAGGACGCCGUCCGCUGGACGAACGACGUGUUCAAGUGGCUGUACGACGUGGCCGCGACCACGGCCGGCAGCGGCGGCGAACCGUCGGCCGUCGAUUAUCUGCUCGGCGAGUGGACGUCCGCCCUCAACGAGUACACCAAAAAGUCGUUCGCCGAACACGGCGUCGGCGUCGAAUUCGUUCGGUUUCUACCGGAAACCCAUCCGCCGGUGCUCAGCAACGUUUUUUGUGAGCUUGGAGUCUGCGAAAACGUCACGAUCACAUGUGACUGCGAUGCGACGCCGGCGAUGCAGUUGAAGGCGAUGCGACAGAAGGGCGACAAAGUGGACGUUUCGCAUUACCGAGUGAACGUCAACAAGUUGCAGGCCCGGUUGAACAUAUCGUGCGACACCGGCAAGAAGAGGGGGCAAAUCAAAUUCGACGGAUGGCCAAAAAUAAAAGUCGCGCUGGCUCAAGUGGGAUACAUUAAAAGCAAAACUAUGGACGAAGUACAGCUGCAAGACGUCAUCUUGGAUAUUGUGACCGGUGCCAUAAGAUCGACAGACCUUUCGGUCGAUCUGUACCGGUGGUCAGAGUUUCCGAAUUUCAUGAAAAGCCAACAGCAGACAACCACUUCGCCUUUGGACUCGUACACCGAUCGAAUGAUGAGUCCGAAAAUAGAAUCAUCGACGGUCAUGAAGCAAGGAGAGAAAAGGUUGAUGGUCAAAGUCAUAAAAGCGAUCGGACUCGGACUCAAACAAGGGUGUUACGAACCGUACUGCGUGAUCGAAGUCGACGACCCGUUCCAGAAGAAGCAGACUUCGACGAAGAAGAACACUUCGUCGCCACAGUGGAACGAGAACUUUAUGUUCACUCUGAACCGGACGACCGAGGAGAUAUUGUUCGAAGUGUACGAUUGCAACCCGAACGGAGGAAAUCAGUUUAUGGGCUUGGCCAUUGUCAGCGUCGAAGAACUGCUCGUCAACCCCUACCAGAGACAAGUGCUGUCGCUCCAGUCACGACCGUAUCAAGACGAUUCCGUUUCCGGCACUCUCACGUUAGAA